UCCAUUACAAAUGGGCUCAUUUUCUGCCAGCUGCUGGAGAUCUACUGAGGUCACUUUCUCCAGUCCCCGAGGUCUCCUGCCAAACUGGUUUGAGACAAGGUAGGAAAUCUGGGUGAGGCUCGAACGCAGAACCGGCUGGGAGGGAAGAGCAACCGGAAAGGUGAAAAGGAGGAUUAGAUCGUCCUGAGACGCAGAAGCAAAAGCCGGCGGAAUCCGUAUCUUUAUAGCUGCUUUCCCACCCCUCCUUCUUCUCCUCUUUAUCUCAACUGGGAUCCAAGAUGGAGACCCCGCUUGAAGAAGCCUUAGGUGUGAUGGUCGAAACCUUUUACAAAUAUUCCGCAAAGGAAGGCGACAAAUACAAACUCAACAAAAAAGAGAUGAAGGAGCUGCUUCUGGAGGAAAUGCCCAAUUUUGUCAAGGGGAAGAUCAACGAACGCGGUUUUGAAUUUCUGAUGGAGAAACUGGACGACAACGAAGACGAAGAAUUAGAUUUCCAAGAAUACGCCGUGUUUUUGGCCCUGACGGCCUCACUCUGCUACGCAUUCUUCCAGGAAUGUGCGGACGAGAACAAUCGGAAGCGAUGAAGUUGGCGCUUGGGGUGGGGUGGGAAUUUGGGGGGCUACGUCUCUUGUGAAGACCCACAGGAGGUCUCUCCCUGUUGGCAAAUAAAGAUUUGGUUUUUUUG